AUGGUGCAAGAGUUUCACGUUGUCAGGUGCUUCAGCUGUGAGAGCUUUCAAGUCCAACAGGUGAAGAAGGCCAGGAAGUGGACCUGUAAGCUUUGUGGACAAAAACAGUCGCUGCUGAAGGAGUUUGGGCGAGGAUCUGCUCCAGAUUGUCGUCGUCAUGUGCAGAAGCUGAACUCAGCGAGAGGAGAUUUAAUUGAUGAGCAGGAGCGCUGCACCUGGUCACUAUGGGAGCAGGCGAAUGGAGGUGAAGAACUGGAGGAGGAGGAGCAACAGCAAAGAGAUGACCAGGUGAAACAGCUCUGUCUGCAGCAGAACCAUGUGAGUCGCUGGAGCAGGUACCUGAACACACCUGAGGAGGUGAGACCAGAAGAACAAGAUACACCUGAGGUGGCAGAACCCGAAAAACAAGAAGCGGGAAUGAGUGGUUUGACGGACAGGCACUAUCUCCAUGGCAGCAGCAAGAGUACCAGAAAGCGACACAGAUCAGAGGAGAGCACAGACCAAAGAGGAGACGCCUCCCAACCACCUGCAAAGCCAGAACAUCGAACAGACAGUCCUGGUCCAAGUGGUGCCUCCAGGUGGGAUUGUUUCCUCAGUACUAACAGACCUGUGCAGGAAGAGCCUCCAGUUUGUGGGAGGAGUCAAAAAGAUGCAGUGGCAAAGCUUCGCCCUCAGUUUCCCGUUUGCUCCAUGUUUGAGACUGACGAGGAGUUCAGUCUGGAUUUUCUCUAG